AUGUCUCAAACUGAAUCACAUGUCUCAAACGGUAAAGCAAAAGAGCCGAGUGUUAUAUCUCCGGGAGGAUCCAAGACCGAGGAGAGUCAGAGCCAUGGUGUUACUAAUCAGAAUGACAUGAGUCAAGUUGGUAGAGAUCAGCCUCGUGGUGAAGUGAACAUGGAAGCUUCCAUAUCAGCAGAAGAUGUGAUAAGAGCUGGAGGGUUUGGUGCUAAAGACGACAUUGGAAGCUUCCUUCCCGUGGCAAGCGACUCGACUGAUUUCGAGGAAUCGAUCCGAUCUGCUCGUGACUAUGAAGAACCGCAAGCAGAGGUUCCAAGACCGGGUCUUGGUUGGACCAAAGAGUGA